AGUACCCCACCCCCAAGUGAGGGGAGGCUCAAGGGAAAGGGAGGGACAGAAGACGGAGAGAGAGGGAAGGAGGGGCCGCCAGCCAGGCUCCUGUCCCCCCACAGAGCCAGCUCAGAUUCAGCUCUAGGAACAGCUCCGCAGCAGAAGCAACGGCGGCUCCUCUCCUCUUGCCGAGGACAGCAGGCGCACGGAGGCACAGACAGAGGUGCAAGGACUGGAAGUCCUCAGCCCCCAGCUGCUUGGCCGGCCGGGGCCCCAUGGCCUUCAACGACCUCCUGCAGCAGGUGGGGGGUGUCGGCCGCUUCCAGCAAAUCCAGGUCACUCUGGUGGUCCUCCCCCUGCUCCUGAUGGCUUCCCACAACACCCUGCAGAACUUCACGGCCGCCAUCCCCACCCACCACUGCCGCCCGCCCGCCAAUGCCAACCUCAGCACGGAUGGGGAGUUGGAGGCCUGGCUACCCCGGGACAGGCAGGGGCAGCCCGAGUCCUGCCUCCACUACACCAUCCCCCAACAGGGACCACCUUUUCCCAACGGCACAGACGCCAACAGCACAGGGGCCACGGAGCCCUGCACCAAUGGCUGGAUCUACGACAACAGCACCUUUCCUUCCACCAUCGUGACUGAGUGGGACCUCGUGUGUUCUAACAGGGCCUUACGCCAGCUGGCCCAGUCCUUGUACAUGGUAGGGGUGCUUCUCGGAGCCAUGGUGUUUGGGUACCUGGCAGACAGGCUGGGCCGCCGCAAGUUGCUGAUCCUGAACUACCUGCAGACAGCCGUGUCAGGAACCUGCGCAGCCUUCGCUCCCAACUUCCCCGUCUACUGUGCCUUCCGGCUCCUCUCUGGCAUGUCGCUGGCUGGCAUCGCCCUCAACUGCAUGACGCUGAAUAUGGAGUGGAUGCCCAUCCACACACGGGCUUGUGUGGGCACCCUGACUGGCUAUGUGUACAGCCUGGGCCAGUUUCUCCUGGCCGGUGUGGCCUUGGCCGUGCCCCACUGGCGCCACCUACAGCUCCUGGUCUCCGUGCCUUUUUUCGCCUUCUUCAUCUACUCCUGGCCCCUGGGAGCCCAUCACCUGCCCCCAGCCCAGGCGACUGGAACUGAAGCCAUGUCAACACCUACCCCCACCCCCGCUCCCAGGUUCUUUAUUGAGUCGGCCCGCUGGUACUCCUCCUCCGGAAGGCUAGACCUCACCUUGAGGGCCCUGCAGAGAGUGGCCUGGAUCAAUGGGAAGCAGGAAGAGGGGACCAAGCUGAGUAUGGAGGUGCUCCGGGCCAGUCUGCAGAAGGAGCUGACCAUGGGCAAAGGCCAGGCUUCCGCCUUGGAGUUGCUGCGCUGCCCCGCCCUUCGCCACCUCUUCCUCUGCCUCUCCAUGCUGUGGUUUGCCACUAGUUUUGCUUACUACGGGCUGGUCAUGGACCUACAGGGCUUUGGGGUCAGCCUCUACCUAAUCCAGGUGAUUUUUGGUGCUGUGGACCUGCCUGCCAAGCUUGUAGGCUUCCUUGUCAUCAACUCUCUGGGCCGCCGGCCUGCCCAGAUGGCCUCACUGCUGCUGGCAGGCAUCUGCAUCCUGGUGAAUGGGGUUGUACCCCAAGAUAAGUCCAUUGUCCGCACCUCCCUUGCUGUGCUGGGGAAAGGCUGCCUGGCAGCUUCUUUCAACUGCAUCUUCUUAUAUACUGGGGAGCUGUACCCCACAGUGAUCCGGCAGACGGGCAUGGGAAUGGGCAGCACCAUGGCCCGAGUGGGCAGCAUCGUGAGCCCACUGGUGGGCAUGACUGCUGAGCUCUACCCCUCCGUGCCUCUCUUCAUCUACGGCGCGGUCCCCGUGGCUGCCAGCGCUGUCACUGCCCUCCUGCCAGAGACCCUGGGCCAGCCACUGCCAGACACAGUGCAGGACAUGGAAAACAGGAGAAGAGGAAAGCCAAGGCGGCAGGAGCAAGAGCAGCAGAAGCAGAUGGUCCCGCUCCAGGCCUCAGCACAAGGAAAUGGACUCUAAGCACUGAGAAGGAGCCUUACAGAGCCAGAAAUGGAGUGAGGGUCCUACAGGUCCUGAGCCACCCACUCCGGGAAGGGAAAGGGAAAGCCCAAGGGUCCAGGCUGUGGUUCAAGAAAGCCCAUCUCAGGGCUCUCCCGCCCUGAGCAGACUCCACCAAGACCAGUUAUUAAAAGGUUUGUGUGCAGCAUCUCCUUUGUCUCUCUUGCCUCAAAUGCAGUAACCACUCCAAAUCAUCCAGUGGCCCAAAAGUUCACGCAGUCUCUGCCCUCAACCCCCAGGACUUUAUAAACCAUCCUGGAGAAGAUUCUCUUACCUGAGGCCCCUCCCGUGCCUCUACUCCCCAUCCUCUCCCCUCCUUCCCUCUCUACCCUAUUCAAGUAUUUCUGCGGGUUUUAAAUAUAUUAUGCCCCUCCCCCUCCCAGACUGGGAACUGACGAGGAUGAAAUGAAAGCAGCCAAUCAGAGACUUUGUUUCUGGCUCCUCCCCCUCCGUGAAGGCCAAUGGGAAUCUCCCGCAGCAAAGCGGGAUUAAAAGGACCACUGAGGCUCGACCUCAGGACAGUGGCCCCUGCUCCUCCAGAUUCCAGCAGGGUCCAAGCUCAAAACCCGCGGCCGCCUCCGCCUCCCGCCUCCCGCCUCCCGCUCCGCGGCUGGAGGUUCCGCCCACGCGCUACCCUGAGCCGUCGCACCAACCUCCCUCCACGGAUAUUCUCUGCCGUUCUGCCUCCUGCAGGCCCUGGGCUAUUAAAGAUGA